AGAGAAAAAGUAAAACAAGAGAAGAGACAAAAACGACACCAAAACAAACAAAACGAAAGCGUUUAAACGCAGACGCUAUAAGCUAUAGCGACGAAACUCACCGUAAUCGAAAAGCAAUACAAUUCAGACAGAGACUCUUCUCUCUCUGUCUCAUCUCAUCGAUUCCAUCCUUUUCAAUUUGAAAGUUUCAAAUUUCAAAUUCGAAGCUCUGAUCUUUCUUCUUUUGUGUUCUCGUUUCUCUCUUCGCUUCCGAUCGAUCCAAUUUUCUUCCCAUGGCUACGAUCGGACACAACAAUCUCAAUGCAAAAUUGGUUCUUCUUGGAGAUAUGGGUGCCGGUAAAUCCAGCCUCGUAUUGCGGUUUGUCAAGGGCCAAUUUCUUGAAUUUCAGGAAUCAACAAUAGGAGCGGCAUUCUUUUCGCAGACAUUGGCGGUAAAUGACGCGACGGUGAAAUUCGAGAUUUGGGACACAGCGGGACAAGAGAGAUACCAUAGCUUGGCUCCCAUGUAUUACAGAGGCGCUGCUGCUGCUAUCAUUGUCUAUGACAUCACUAGCUCAGAUUCAUUUACACGAGCUAAAAAGUGGGUUCAAGAGCUUCAAAAGCAAGGUAAUCCGAACAUGGUAAUGGCUCUUACUGGCAACAAAUCUGACUUGGAAGACAAAAGAAAAGUGACAGCCGAAGAAGCACGUAUAUAUGCAGAGGAAAAUGGUCUGUUUUUCAUGGAGACCUCUGCCAAAUCUGCAGCCAAUGUUAAUGAUGUAUUUUAUGAAAUUGCCAAGAGAUUACCAAGGGCUCAGCCAGCUCAAAAUCCAGCAGGGAUGGUUCUUGUUGAUAGACCCGCCGAAGGAUCUAGGGCUGCAUCAUGUUGUUCAUAAGUGUUUCUGCUGUAUUCACCUGCCUCACUUUAGUUCAUAUUGUUUUCAGUGGUUUGUAUGUACUGCACAGCACUUUGUUAUCACUGUUAUAUGGAGCUCCAACUGUGUAUGAAUGCAAUUUGCCACACAGAACUUAUUGAUUAAAUAUAUAUCCUUGGAAUGCA